AUAUUGAAUGCGCUCAGUAACACAUCAUCCACCAGUCAACGAAAACGACGAGCAUUUUAUUUCUUUUCUUUCCUUACUUAUUAGUUUAUUAAUCUAUUCUUACUGGUAGGGGUGUUGAUUGUAAAUGAUUUGACCGUCAAUCAUAUAUAUUCAUUAUUGGAUUUCAAACACUGCUGAACGGUGUGAUUUAUUGGCUUAAUUUUUUUAUCAAGUGUCUUCGAAUUAAGACUAAAUAAAAAUGGCACUUUAUCGCAAUAUUGCAGGUAACGAGUAAUUUAGAAACGUUAACUGGUGAAAAGCUUUUUUUCUUUCUUAAUUAACAUCAUAAUUGUCGUGAGAUAUAUUUGUUGAAUUGUUAAAGAGCACGAUCAAAAAUAAGAUCGGAGAGAAAGAUGACAUUCUUUUAUUCACUUUUAAACUUUAUAAGUAUUAUUAUGAUCGACUGACCUUAAUAAACGAAAUACGAGAUCAUUUCCGGAACAAUUCAUAAAAGCAAAUUGACUACAUUAACCUUGUGGGUCCAUCUGCAAUCACUAAUUUUGUAUCUUUUUUAACAAUUGUGCAAUAUUAUAAUGUCAAUUACCAAAUGCGGUUUUUUCGAGCUAUUUUGGUUUGUGACUUUUUUUUUAACUAGCUUUUUGUGCUUAUUCAGUUUAGUAAAUUAAAACUCAAGUGUACAGUCAUUUAUUUUAGAUAAUUAAGACUUUUUUUUGUAUUUAUUUACAAUACAGAUCACAUUGUAAUUUAUUAAUAAUAAAUAACAAAAUGGGAUUAGCCUUGGCCUUAGAAACCACUUGACUCGCCAAGUCGGCUAUUAAUAAAAUUGAAUAAUCAUUUGCAACAUGAAAAAAUAACGUGAUCUUAUUUCGAAAAUUGCAGAAGAUACUGCUUUUUCAACUCACCAUUAAUUUGAAAUAAAAAAGUAAAUAAAGUAAGUGACUAUCCAAGUCAUUGUUGGCAACGAUUGGUGAACGCAAAAUUUACUGUUAAUAGUGAUGCCGCGAUAUGACGAUACGAUACGAUAUGGAGGUGACGAUAUCCGAUACGAUAUGGUCAAGACGAUAUAUCCGAUAUAUCGUCCAUAUCGACGAUAUGACAUUUUUUCAUAAUAUUUAACAAAUUUUAUUAAAAAUUAUAAAUUUAAAUUAUAAAAUAAAAUAAAUUCAAAGAACUAAAUGGAGAAUUCUUUUUUCACUUUUUUUUCAAGAAAAAAGAAGCAUUUUAUUGAAAAAAAAAACACUUCGCCUAUUUAAAAAAAAUAUAUAAAUCUAGAAUCGUUUAAAAAUUAUUACCAAGAGGUCUUGAAUGUAAAACAACCCAAUAACUCAUGUCGAAAAGUUGAAGAAAAAAAAAAAAAAUGAGACAUUGACAGAAGAGUUUAUUCAAGAAAAUGACCUCUAAAAAACCGUUAGAAAAAAAAUAAAAGUCAUCUGUAUCUGCAACAUUUCAGAGUUUUAUUUGUUGACAAAAUAAUUUUUCAAGGAAAAAAAAAAAAAAAAACAGAAACCAGCAGGGUAUUCACAACCACAGUACACAAAAAUAUAUGAAAAUAAGAUAAGACAGCAUUGUUUGGAAAUAUUUUAAUGGGCCUUCCUACCGGAAAACCAAUUUGCAACGCUUGACCCUGAGAUUCUAUUAAAGUUUCUCAAUUCUAUCUCUUUGAGAACUUUGUAUUUGCUCGAAAAUAUAUUGGUGAUCAUUGAAAAAAUUUUAGAAAAUCCAGAUGCUGAAGUACACAUGGUAGAAAUAAUAAAAAUAAAAUACAUAUACAUGAAUUUCUGCACUAAAAAGAAAAAUUCAUAAAAUUUCGAAAAAAUACCCCAGAAACUGAAUUUUUUUUUUUACAAUAUCGUCGAUAUGACGAUACGAUAUGAAGGCAAUACGAUACGAUACGAUACGAUUUGAUGAAUUUUUGAUACGAUAUGGAGGCGAUAUGACUACCUGACGAUACGAUACGAGACGAUAUGGCCCUUGAAAAUUACGAUACGAUAUGAGGCCUCAUAUCGUAUCGUAUCGUAUCGCGGCAUCACUAACUGUUAAUUCCAUACUCCCACAAAUAGUGAUGAUCGAGCUGAAUCAGUUUAGAGCAAAAUGUUGAAUAAUAAAUGUUUUCUAGAUCGUUUGACAUGUCGUCAAGUAUUAAAUAUUAUGGUGAUUCUUGGAUUUAUGUUAAAUUACAUGCUACGAGUCAACUUGACUAUUGCAAUCGUUGCAAUGGUCGCACCAAGCAACAAUAAUUUAACUACACAUUCUAAUAGUACAACAAUGUCAGUUAUACAAAAAACAAGAUAUGAAUGUGCAAGUGACUCAAUGAUAAGCAACAAUGAAACAACACUUAUGAUUGAAAAUGAUAAAAAGGAAAAUUAUGAGCGACAGCGAACUAGAUAUAGCUGGGACGAGUAUCAAGUCAAUUUUAUACUUGGGGCAUUUUUUUGGGGUUACAUUUGCACAGAAUUACCUGGUGGAAGGAUGGCUGAGGUGUUCGGAGCAAGAAAAAUUUUCGGCUACAGUAUGAUGAUAUCAAGUGCAGUGACAUUGUUGACACCAAUAUCCGCAACAUUUGGGUAUCGUGUUGUUGCUGCUUUGCGAGUUGUUCUCGGGUUCAUGCUGGGUGCAACUUGGCCAGCCAUACAACCAAUGACAUCACACUGGAUCCCACCAAUGGAACGAAGCAAAUUUGUCUCAAACAUGAUGGCAUCAUCACUUGGUGCUGCAAUAACCAUGCCACUUUGUGGGUAUCUCAUUGCAUCAAUUGGAUGGGAAUCAGUAUUUUAUAUUACUGGUGGUAUUGGACUUCUUUGGAGUUUGACUUGGUUUGCACUCGUGUUUGAUUCACCAGCUCAACAUCCACGAAUAAGUGACGAUGAACGACAAUACAUUGAAACAGCGAUUGGAACAACAUCAUCAAAAAUGGUCUUAGCUGUACCAUGGAAAUCAAUUUUCACAUCACUGCCAGUCUGGGCAAUAAUAAUAACUCAUGGUUGCAGUGUCUUUGGUUACUUCACAGUGGUCAAUCAACUACCUACUUAUAUGAAAUAUAUAUUAGACUUUAACAUAAAAGAGAAUGGUCUUCUCUCAUCUCUUCCUUACAUAGGCAAGUAUUUUUUUGCCGUAGCAACGUCAACUCUUGCCGAUUAUUUACGCCAAAAUAACCACUUGUCUGUCACAGCAAUCCGGAAGAUAUUUACAACUUUUGCUGUUUUGCUCCCUGGAAUGCUGAUGAUUUUAUUGGCAAAUCUUGGCUGUGAUCGUUAUUUGUCAGUGACAAUAUUCACUUUGGCAUUGACAAUAAAUGGGGCUGUAACUGCUGGCUAUCUUGGCAAUGGUCUUGACAUUGCGCCAAAUUUUUCAGGGACAAUAUUUGGUCUAGCCAAUACACUUUCAUCACUUGGUGGUGGUGUCAGUAGUUUCAUGGUCGGCAAUCUUACGUAUAAAAACCAAAUAUUUCAUCAAUGGAGUAUUGUUUUUUGGGUACUUGCUGGUACUUACACAGUUGGUGCUCUCACUUUUGCAGUAUUUGGAACUGGGGAAUUACAAAAAUGGAAUAACCCACUUGAUCAACAAGAAGUAUCAGAUGUCGCUGUUGCCAAUGUCCUUGAAGAAAGUGUUCCACUCAAUGAUAAAAACAUAUUGUGAUUAUAUUUUUUAAGUUAUUUUUGUUAACAUUACAUCUUUUCCGUACCAAAAGUAGUACACUGUAUAAUAAAAUUGAUAUCAAAUUACGUGCAAAAAUGCAAUUACAUUACAAAAGAUCGACAUCUUCAUCUAUAUUCCAUGGAAGAUAUUCGAUAAUCUUUUUUUUUUGCGGGGUAUGUGAAGAAAUAUCAUUCUCGAAGAAUACCACUGGAAUCCAUCGUAAAGUUCACCGUGAAUCCAUUAUACUAAGAAUAUUCAUGUAAUAAAAUAAUUAUAAAUUUUUCAUGAUGAAUAAGUUGUUAAAUAAUAACGUUUCGCGUGAAUGCCGCAGAAAUCCAUCGUAAAUUUUCCAUAAAUAAUUGGGAAUUUUACUACGAUUUUAUCGUAGAUUUCACCAAGAGUUUAUCUGGAAUUUCGCUAAAAAUAUUUCUUUAAUAUUAUUAAAGCGAAUAUAUUUUUUAUUUUUAAUUUUCACAGUUUUUUUUUUUUAAUUGUUUUAACACUGAGAAAAAAAAUACAAUAAUUAUAACCAUAAUAUAAUAAAACAACGCUGGUAUACAACAACAAUAAUUGAAACAUGCAUUCAUUUAGGCUUCCAUUUUUGAUCAUUCACGACAACC